UAAAGCCCGCUUUUUGCCGCCCGCCGCUUUUUCUCCCCUUCCUCUUUUACUCCGGCGUUCUCCCGCUCCCGCUGCAAAAAACUCCAGCAUGUCGGACAAGCUGCCCUACAAAGUUGCUGACAUCAGCCUUGCAGACUGGGGUCGCAAGGCCCUUGAGAUUGCUGAGAAUGAGAUGCCGGGGUUGAUGAAGAUGCGGGAGAUGUAUUCUACGACAAAGCCACUGAAAGGAGCUCGAAUUGCUGGUUGCCUACACAUGACUGUGCAGACCGCAGUUCUAAUUGAAACUCUGGUGGCGCUAGGUGCUGAGGUGCAGUGGUCGAGUUGCAACAUUUUCUCCACUCAAGAUCAUGCUGCUGCAGCUAUUGCCAAAACUGGAGUUCCUGUGUUUGCAUGGAAAGGGGAAACAGAUGAGGAGUACAUCUGGUGCAUCGAACAGACGCUCUUUUUUAAGGAUGGACAGCCCUUGAAUAUGAUUCUAGACGAUGGCGGGGACCUCACCAACUUGGUUCAUACCAAACAUCCACAGCUCUUGAAAGGAAUCAAAGGAGUCUCUGAGGAGACUACUACUGGGGUCCAUAACCUCUAUAAAAUGCAGGCCAAUGGGACUCUGAAGUUGCCAGCCAUCAAUGUUAACGACUCUGUCACCAAGAGUAAGUUUGAUAACCUUUAUGGCUGCAGAGAAUCGCUUAUUGAUGGCAUUAAGCGUGCUACAGAUGUCAUGAUUGCUGGGAAAGUGGCCAUUGUGGCAGGUUAUGGCGAUGUUGGCAAGGGCUGCGCUCAAGCCCUGAGAAACUUUGGUGCCAGGGUCAUCAUCACAGAAAUUGAUCCCAUCAAUGCUCUGCAAGCAGCCAUGGAAGGUUAUGAAGUUACGACAAUGGAAGAGGCCUGCAAAGAAGGCAACAUUUUUGUUACCACUACUGGAUGUACAGAUAUCAUACAGGGAAGGCAUUUUGAGCAGAUGAAAGAUGAUUCCAUUGUAUGUAACAUUGGGCAUUUUGAUGUGGAACUCGAUGUGAAGUGGCUGAAUGAAAAUGCAGUGGAAACUGUGAACAUUAAACCUCAGGUGGACCGCUAUACACUGAAAAAUGGCCGCCACAUCAUACUUCUCGCAGAAGGCAGGCUGGUGAACUUGGGGUGUGCCAUGGGUCAUCCUAGCUUUGUCAUGAGCAACUCAUUUACCAACCAGGUGCUGGCACAGAUAGAGCUUUGGACAAAUCCUGGCAAAUAUGCAGUAGGUGUCCAUAUCCUGCCGAAAAAGCUGGAUGAAGCUGUAGCCGCUGCUCAUCUGGAUAAGUUGUGUGUGAAACUGACAAAACUGAGUGAUAAGCAGGCCAAGUACCUGGGUCUACCAAAGGAUGGUCCCUUCAAACCAGAGCAUUACAGAUACUGAGCAGCUAGUGGGGACCAAAGAUCUCAAGAUGCAGAGACAGAAAUCCGAAGUACUUGCUUCCCCGCUGGGGUUCAGAGAACAGCUCCUCCCCUUGUCAUGUGUAGGCACACUUCAUAGCACUUCUCUUUGCCACAGGUCUCUCCCCCUCCCCUCCACAUGGGGGGCAAGGACUGUGUAUUUCUGUACGCCUCAAUCUAGAUUAUUCUCAUCAUGGUGCCAGGUCAAAUCCACCUAGCAAUCCCAUUUCCCUGGUGGGGAUGGGAGAAGUCUGCUUUCACCCUCCACCUCCCACCACCACUCACCUGGUCAGCGAGGGAGAAGGGCAUGGGAACGGGCCUCUCUGGCAUGCUCCCAGGGGGUGGCAUGAUGCUGCCCUGAGAGUGCACGCGUGCUUUGCAGCGGGUCAAUUUGGGUCCCCAAUGGGGCCAGUUUGAAGCCCAAAUUGGCCUGUUGCAAAGUGUGCAUGUGCUCCUGCAAGAUGAUGUCACCUGGACGUGAUGUCAUUGCGCGGGGGUGAAUCAUGCUGGGGACACAACAAAGGUAAGCCCCAGGUUCCCAGGACAGUAAGGGGACCUUGCACCCCUAAAUCCACCUCAGCUGGGAACAUCUUAAUAAAUCACUGUAUAUACCUAAUUGUAGACAUUGCAUGCUAGUUUUUGUUGCAAUGCGGUUCCACUUUGGCUUGCUCAUCCUAGUAAGAACAUCUGUAGAAGUAUCUCAAAAGAUAAUCUCUGGCAGCAACUUCUUCAUGUGUAAUGAGACUGGUUCCAAAAGCCAAGGGACAGGUUGGAGGUGGGGAAACACUUACGUAAUGUUAGUUCUCUGAACAUACCAGUGGGGAAUGUCUGUUGUGGCCUAGCUUUGUGGCCUAGCUUUUGUAUCUUGUACCUUGUCCUAAUGUCAUAAAUUGAGUUUGUUAAAAAUC